GAAUCCGAUUUGGUAGAAUGGCAACCCAACAACAACGAGCAGUAAACCGAUGAUGCCUGCCUGAUUGAUCGCCUACAACCACAAUGCAUGACUCCAUAUCAUACCCUGCAGGGAUUGCGCGCAGAAAAAACAAUAAUUCCGGUCAAUCGGUCUGAAUACUUUACGUUCGACGUUGCAGGAAUCCAAAUAGGGGACGGAACUAGGACCAAAUGCUGCGGUUUCGUUGGGUGAUGUGUUCUGCAUGAAUCGUAUGGAUCAAAACUGGAUUGAGUCUUCAGGGAUUUAGCAGUUUGUCAUACUAUGCAGUCAUAGGCUAAUACCGAUGAGAACCGUUUUUUGGACGUGGGUGUGUGGAGUCUUCCUCUCCUCCGCUCGGCAAAGAAAGCGCGCGAGGGUCGUGCUGUGACGGUUUCGUAAUUUACAUUUAAUUUGCAUUUUAGUAAUUUAGCAGAUGCUCUUAUCCAGAGCGAUGUACAGUAGUGAGUGGAUACAUUUUCAUAUUAAUUGUAAGGAUGUAACCAUCCAAGCAUCGACAAGGCUGCAAUGAGAUGUACAGGUGUACGACUUCUAGCACUGGAUGAGACGCUCAACUAAUGUAGCCUAGACGUCAAUAUGGGAUGGUCCCCCACAACAUCACAUUUUUUAUUUUCAUUAUUUAAAAAAAAUAAAGUGUUUGAGCAACAUAUUCGCAACGUAAUAGAUGUUUGUAUGACCAACUAUUGGAGUUGUGUAACGUUUUAAUGCCAUGGCCUAUAUAACAACAUUCGGCAACAUUUCUGCAUACAGAGCUUCAUGUUUGGAUUAUAAUUAAUUAAAACGAACUUCUCCUGGAAAUAUAUUAUCCACCAGAGUUGCGUUUGUUGUUACCGUAUAUCUCCCAGGUGACCUUUCUUCCUAUUUCAUUGAUUCUAAGUGAUUUUCAGAGCAUUUUACCAUCUGCUGCCAAAUUUAUCCCAAGUCAUGAAUAGGCCUAUGCAUCACAUUUUCAAAAGUGUCCUAGACACACAUUUGUUCUACCAUAGUGGACUUUUAACUGGACACAUUUAAUUGACUUUAACGUCCUCUGAUUGUUACCUUACCUCUAGAAUUAACUCGUCACUGAUUUUCCAGGCGUUUCAUAGGAGACCUGCCGCUGAAAAAAACAUUGUAACAAUGUAACAAAUGUAACAAAAUUGUAACAAGAACAAUAGCCUAAUUCUUAAAAAGGUUAGGGUCGAGUUGGCUUUCAUAAGAAACUUUAAGCAGGCACGUGUGUGGUCCUGUGCGUUGCUUUUUCUAUUAUUUUUUAUCUGAGAAAUAUCAUGUCCCGAUCUAACAGUGUUAGCCCGCCCGGUGUCGGUGCGCCUGGGCUGAGGGGAGGGACUGAACUGAGAUCAGCUUGGGGCGAGUCUGAGUCUAUUGCCAACGGAUGCCCAUACUCGGCUGGAUCUCCGAGCAAAAAUCUCGCCCGUUCGAACAGCAGAUGGACUGAAGGAGAUGAUGAUCCCGACCGACAGCCCAGACCAGGACGAGCCACGACAAUGGUUAGCAGGGUCAGUUUUAGGUCUAGAUCUGCGUGGCAAGAGCAUGGCACUGGAGAGGAGAGCCGAAACAACAACCGAUCGUCCCCUAAACACGCAGAUGGAGCCGGGGAAGUGAGACCCAAGUCGGUGGAGUUGGGCUUGGAGGACCGUAGAGUGAAAGGCACCAAACCCGAGGAGGAGGAACUCAUGCCCGAAGUUCACUUUUCCAUGGUCGCGUGCUGCAGCAGCAUGAUGCAGAUUUUCAGAUCCAAGAAAUUCCAAUCGGAGAAGUUGGAGAGGCUGUACCAGCGUUACUUUUUCCGGCUCAACCAGAGCAGUUUGACUAUGCUCAUGGCCGUUUUGGUGCUCCUGUGCGCGGUCAUGCUGACAUUCCAUUGCGCAGGGGGAGGAUGCCGGAUAGCUUACGUUGUGGUCUUUUCCUUGGCCAUCUUACUUAUCCUCAUCUUGAUAGUGGUGUGCAAUCGGAACGGGUUUCAUCAGGAUCACAUGUGGAUAGUCUGCUAUCUGGUCAUUCUAGUCGUGCUGGUAUUACAAGUGAUCGGGGUCCUCCUCGUACAUCCGCAAAGUGCCUCUGAGGGAAUUUGGUGGACAGUGUUUUUUAUCCAUGUCAUUUACACGCUGCUCCCGGUUCGGAUGCGGGCUGCCGUUAUCACUGGAGUUAUACUGUCUGCCAUCCAUGUGGUCGGGUCUUGGAAGUUAAACGAAAAGGAUGCCUUUGUAUGGAAGCAGAUAGUGUCCAACAUCCUGAUCUUCUCCUGUACUAACAUCGUGGGCGUGUGUACCCACUACCCAGCCGAGGGCUCCCAGAGACAAGCCUUCCAGGAGACCAGGGAAUGCAUCCAGGCUCGCCUCCACUCACAGAGGGAGAACCAGCAGCAGGAGCGUCUCCUGCUCUCCGUGCUUCCCCGUCAUGUUGCCAUGGAGAUGAAAGCUGACAUUAACGCCAAGCAGGAAGACAUGAUGUUUCACAAGAUCUACAUCCAGAAGCACGACAACGUCAGUAUCCUGUUUGCAGAUAUUGAAGGGUUUACCAGUCUGGCGUCCCAGUGUACUGCCCAGGAGCUGGUGAUGACUCUCAACGAACUGUUUGCCCGCUUCGACAAGCUGGCUGCGGAAAACCACUGUCUGCGUAUUAAGAUCCUGGGAGACUGCUACUACUGUGUGUCUGGACUGCCAGAGGCUCGGGCCGACCACGCAUCCUGCUGUGUGGAGAUGGGGGUGGACAUGAUCGAGGCCAUCUCGCUGGUGAGAGAGGUGACGGGGGUCAACGUGAACAUGCGUGUGGGAAUCCAUAGCGGCAGGGUCCACUGUGGGGUGCUGGGACUCAGGAAGUGGCAGUUUGAUGUGUGGUCCAACGAUGUCACGUUAGCCAAUCACAUGGAGGCCGGGGGUGCGGCAGGGCGGAUCCACAUCACCAAGGCCACUCUGAACUACCUGAGUGGAGACUAUGAGGUAGAGCCAGGAUCAGGAGGAGCGAGGAACGUCUAUCUGAAGAAACACAACAUAGAAACUUACCUCAUCGUGGGCUGCAGCCAGAAAAGGAAAGACGAGAAGGCGAUGAUAGCCAAGAUGAACCGUCAGCGCGCCAACUCUGUCACCCACAACAUGGGCCCCUGGACCGACCGGCCCUUCUACAACCACAUGGGAGGAAACCAGAUCUCUAAGGAGAUGAAGAGGAUGGGAUUUGAAGACCCCAAGGACAAACAUUUCAUUUUCAGAAACACGCAGGAAAACCUGAACCCAGAGGACGAGGUGGACGAGUUCCUAGGGAGAGCCAUCGACGCCAGGAGUAUCGACCGGCUACGCUCCGAGCACGUCAAGAAGUUCCUGCUGACCUUCAGAGAACCAGACCUGGAGAAGAAGUACUCCAAACAAGUGGACUCCAGAUUUGGAGCGUACGUGGCCUGCGCCUCUCUCGUCUUCCUCUUCAUCUGUUUCAUCCAGAUUGUCAUUGUACCACACUCCAUUCUGAUGAUUGGGUUCUACACCACCUGUCUGAUCAUCCUGGUGGCUGUCAUGUUUGUCUCAGCAGUCUACUCCUGCUUUGGGUUUUUCCCGGUGCCUCUACAGACUCUAUCCAAGAUGAUAGUCCAGUCCAGACUCAACAGCACCCUGGUGGGAGUCUUCACCAUCCUCCUGGUCUUUCUCUCUGCCUUCAUCAACAUCUUCACCUGCAGUACUGGAGACCUGAGGGAGUGUCUGAGCUGGGAACUGAACAUCAGUCGCAGCAGUGUGAACGCCUGCCAUGCACGCAGCCUCAACUACACCCUCGAUUCACUGGACGGCUUCUGUGGCAGCCCCUCACCCAACUGCAACUUCCCUGAGUACUUCUCUUCCUGUGUGUUGUUGACCCUGCUGGCCAGCUCAGUUUUCCUACAGGUCAGCAGUAUAGGUAAACUCUUACUCAUGCUCUUCAUCGAGAUCUUCUACAUCCUCAUCAUGGAGGUGCCAGAGGUCAACCUGUUCGACAACGUAGACCUGCUGGUCAUGGCCAAUGCUAUUGAGCACAUAAAUGGAACAAGCUGUGUGAUGGACUCUAAGGUCCCUCUGAAGAUCAUGACUCCCGUGGUCAUCACUGUCUUCGUCCUGGCUUUGUAUCUACACGCCCAGCAGGUGGAGUCCACAGCCAGACUCGACUUUCUCUGGAAACUACAGGCCACAGAAGAAAAGGAGGAGAUGGAGGAGCUACAGGCUUACAACCGUCGCCUCCUCCACAACAUCCUCCCCAAAGAUGUGGCUGCUCACUUCCUGGCGCGAGAGCGUCGGAACGACGAGCUCUACUACCAGUCCUGUGAGUGUGUGGCCGUCAUGUUCGCCUCCAUCUCCAACUUCUCUGAGUUCUACAUAGAGCUGGAGGCCAACAACGAGGGAGUGGAGUGUCUCAGGCUGCUCAACGAGAUCAUUGCAGACUUUGACGAGAUCAUCAGUGAGGACCAGUUCCGCCAGCUGGAGAAGAUAAAGACCAUUGGCAGUACCUACAUGGCAGCUUCUGGCCUCAACGACUCUACCUACGACAAAGAAGGCCGCUCACACAUCAGAGCCCUGGCAGACUACGCCAUGAGACUCAUGGAUCAGAUGAAGUACAUCAACGAACACUCCUUCAAUAACUUCAAGAUGAAGAUCGGUCUGAACAUUGGUCCAGUGGUGGCUGGGGUGAUCGGGGCCAGGAAGCCCCAGUAUGAUAUCUGGGGGAAUACAGUCAACGUGGCCAGCCGCAUGGACAGCACUGGUGUACCUGAGCGGAUCCAGGUGACCUCAGACCUGUACAACGUGCUGAACUCCUAUAACUACACACUAGAGUGCCGAGGCCUGGUCAAGGUGAAGGGUAAAGGAGAAAUGCAGACCUACUUCCUCACUGGAGGACCUCCCAGAAGUUAACACCCAGGCUGUGUCCCAAAUGGAAACCUAUUCCCUGUAUAGUGCACUACUUUUGGCCAGGGACAUAGGGCUCUGUUCAAAAGUAGUGCACUAUAUAGGAAAUAGGGUGCCAUUUCAGACACAGCCUAUUCAGAAGCAGCCCCAGUAACAGACUGACACUGGUGCAGGAAAAGGCUGAGAGGAGAGGGGUGAUUGGACUAAAAGGGGCUGACCCCCCCCCAAGUCUUUGACGAGCAGGCUUAUGGACCUAUGUUAGCUUGGGGAAAUGACUGCCCACCGUCAACACCCCUUUUCCUAGGUUUAUCUCCUCCCUACCUGCAGAGGUCAGCCUCCGAUUUGACCAGAGUGAAGGAGACCCCACCCAGCCUCCUCUCGGAUUGGGGGAAAGAGACAGGGAGGAGCUUAGAGGGCCUGGGUUCGCUGAAGAGACCAAAGAAUUCCCAUCAGACUACAGCAGACAUAGACACAUUGUGACAGCAGCAUUCUCUCACGGUCUUAUUUCUAUAGGUCAUAGUGUGAGUUAAGGAACGGCUAAGAGCCAAUCAUCUCGCAGUACUGUAGAUCUAAGUUUUUCUGAGGAAAUCGAUCCACUAUGUGUGUCUUCAUAGACAUUCUGCUGAAAGAUCCAAGUCGCUCUAAACAAAACCUACAUGAUGACACUGAAACCCAUAUUUACAAGUAAAACAUUCGGAAAGUAUUCAGGCCCCUUCACUUUUUCUAAAUUUUUCUAAAAUGGAUUAAAUAAAAACAUUUCCUCAUCAGUCUACACACAAUACCCCAUAAUGACAAAGCGAAACCAGGUUUUUAGAAAUGUUAGCAAAAAAAAACCGGACAUACCUUAUUUACAUAAGUAUUCAGACCCUUGAGCUCAGGUAAAUCCUGUU